ACCAGAGGCUCGCGGCCACGGUUUCCGGCCGGCGGAGUUACUGCGCGGCCCGGCCGACGGAAGCGGGCUCGGAGGGCCGGGACCAGCCGGACCAGAGAUGGCCCCGCCGGCGGGCGGUGCGGCGGCGGCGGCGGCGGGCUCAGCGGCCGUACUCCUGGCCGUGCACGCCGCCGUGAGGCCGCUGGGCGCCGGGCCGGAUGUCGAGGCGCAGCUGCGGCGGCUGCAGCUGAGCGCGGACCCCGAGCGGCCCGGGCGCUUCCGGCUGGAGCUGCUGAGCGCGGGGCCCGGGGCGGUCAGCUUGGAGUGGCCCUUGGAGUCAGUCUCCUACACGGUCCGAGGCCCCAGCCUGCAUGAGUUGCAGCCUCCACCAGGAGGGCCUGGGGCCCUCAGCCUGCACUUCCCCAACCCUCAGGAAGCUCAGCGGUGGGCAGCACUGGUCCGAGGUGCCACUGCAGACGAGCAGAAUGGCAGCAGUAGCCUACCCCAAGUCCUGGGCCCAGAGACCUGCCCUGUUUCCCCUCCCAGUCCCCCUGAAGCCCCCGACCCUAUAGCCCCCCGACCUGAGGUGGAUCCUCCUUGGAGCUCUGGAAAUUUGACAGAGAAAGAAGAGCUGGCUGGGCGCCUGGCCCGGGCCAUCGCAGGUGGGGACGAGAAGGGUGCAGCUCAAGUGGCGGCCAUCCUGGCCCAGUGUCAGGUGGCCCUCAACAUCCAACUCCAGGAGACCUGCUUCCCUCCUGGCCCUAUCAGGCUGCAGGUCACGGUUGAAGACGCCGCAUCCUCUGCCCACAUCGCACUGCAGGUCCACCCCCACUGCACUGUCGCCGCCCUGCAGGAACAGGUGUUCUCCGAGUUUGGCUUCCCGCCCGCUGUGCAGCGCUGGGUUGUCGGGCGGUGCCUGUGCAUGCCCGAGCGCACCCUCGCCUCGUACGGGGUGCGGCGUGAUGGGGAUCCUGCUUUCCUCUACCUGCUUUCAGCCCCACGAGAAGCCCCAGGAUGUGGCCCUCAGCGACCCCAGAAGACGGAUGGCGAGCUAGGCCGCCUGUUUCCCCAGUCACUGGGGCUGCCUCGAGCCCCCCAGCCUGCCAGCUCCAGCCUCCCCAGCCCCCUGCAGCCCGGCUGGUCCUGCCCUUCUUGCACCUUCAUCAACGCCCCAAGCCGACCUGGUUGUGAGAUGUGUAGCACCCAGAGGCCUUCCACUUGGGACCCCAUCUCUACAGCCUCCACUCAGCAGCCACCAAAGGUCACCAGGAGAGAGGAUGGCCCUUCCCUCCCAGGUCUUUCAGGGGACCUCUGCUGAUGGGCCAUGUGGCCAGACCAGGCUGGAGGAGCUACAAGCAGAGACAUUAAAGACACUCUGAGCCA